CAAGCAGAAGAAGCAACUCUAAUCAUGGGGAUUUUCUGCCAUCUGUGUUUUCUUGCAAGCCUGCUGCUUGUUCUUCACGCUGGACCGACUGUAAAGCCUGUUGCCGAUUAUGACAUUGCAAAGAAAUACCUGAUGAGCUUCUACAAUCUAGUAUAUAAGGAUCCUAGCCCCGAAGGCCGGGAGCCGAAUCCACUUCCCGUCAAACUGCAAGAGAUGCAGAAGUUCUUCGGGCUUAAGGUGACUGGAAUGCUGGACAAAGAAACACUGGAUGUGAUGAAGAAACCUCGUUGUGGAGUUCCAGAUGUUGCUGCGUUCUCCACAUUUGGAGACAAACCCAGAUGGAAGAACAACGAGCUCACCUACAGAAUCGUGAACUACACCCCUGACAUGUCAGCGGCUGAAGUGGAUGGAUCCAUAGAGAAAGCCCUGCAGGUUUGGGCCAAAGUCACUCCUCUGAAAUUCACGCGUAUCAACAGCGGCACAGCUGACAUCAUGAUCUCCUUUGCUACAAAAGAUCAUGGUGAUGGUAUGACGUUUGAUGGACCACUAGGUACUUUAGCUCAUGCCUUUGCUCCUGGUCCUGGAAUCGGUGGAGACGCACAUUUCGAUGAUGAUGAGUUUUUCACAUUCAGCUCAUCUAAAGGUCAUGUCCUGUUCUUGGUGGCCGCCCAUGAGUUCGGUCACUCUUUGGGUCUCUCUCAUUCCAGCGUUCGUGGGGCUCUGAUGUUUCCCACAUACAGCUUCACUGAUCCAACUCGUUCCCCUUUGUCCUCUGAUGACAUUGAAGGGAUUCAGUCGCUCUACGGUCCAUCAGUACCAAAAUCAGAUUGUAAAAACAUGGUCUGGGAUGCAGUGACGACUUUUAAGGGAGAAACAGUGUUCUUCAAAGCUAGCUUUUUCUGGCGUAGUUCUUCAAGCAGAAGUGCAGUGCAAAAUUCGAUCAAUAGUUUCUGGCCCAAUGCUCCUGAUAAUAUUGAUGCUGCUUACGAGGGUCCAGAGGAAGAUAGAGUUUUUUUUUCCAAAGGUAAACAAGUCUGGGCUUUCAAUGGCCAAAAUCUUGAGCCUGGCUAUCCUAAACCUCUCAGCAGCUUCGGUCUGCCACCAUCCGUGACAAAAGUUGAUGCUGCUGUCCACAACAAGAACUCAGGAAAAACACUGCUGUUCUUUGACAAAUAUUACUAUCGCUAUGAUGAGAGAGAGAACCAGAUGGACAAAGGGUAUCCAAAGCGAGUGGAAAAUGUUUUUCUGGGUAUUACUGGACAGGUUACAGCGGCCCACAUGUCCAACAAUAACAUUUAUCUCUUCAGUGACAAAAAUCUCUAUGAGUUCAGCUCCAGCGAGAGAACGCUCCUUCGUUUGCUGGAGAGCAAUUACUUCCUGUCCUGUUAG